GUUUCAGUCUCUGAUUUGUCUUCAGAUUGAUAGGCAUUAUCUAUCUAGAGUGCUUCCAAGUACGUGUGUAAUCUAGGUACUUGGAGCUCUCGGUUUAAGUAAGAUAAGUGUCUUCUGUGACAAAUUGUGAAACGAAGUGUGUUAUUAAUUUGCAACAAGUGUCUUUUUUAUUGUUUGCUAUUAACUUUAUUUUAAAGGCUUCGUGUUAAUAAAUAAUUAUAAAAAUCGAAAUUUUAUGAAGUGCAUGUCCACAAUAAGGACCUUUCAGUGAAAAAAUGCGGACUACCUGUGCAUUCGUGUUUGUCGCACUUUGUGUCCCCAUCGGAUUAUCCUCUGGACAUUUAUCGAACGAUCUCAGAGGAGAAUCAGUAUCGGUACCAUCAGAAAUUGAGAAGGAAUUCAGUGUGGCUAGCAUAUUCAUUGGACGCCAAAGUGAAGUGAAUAGCACAGCUCACAACAAUUGCAGUGAAUCUUCAUCAGAAGUAGAUUCGUUUCCAGAAAAUGUGUUCACAGAUGAACAACUGGCAAAUGGUGCUUUCAUAUUGUAUCUUUUCGGCGCCAUUUACAGCUUUACUUUUCUAGGAUGUAUCUGCAAUUAUUACUUCUUGCCAGCAGUUGAGUGCAUUUGUGUAGAUUUGAAUAUUCCCAAGGAUGUGGGCGCUGCGAUAGUUAUGGCUACUGCAGCUGCUAUGCCUGAUUUCUUCACAAAUGCAAUUAGUACACUUAUAACAGAUUCAGAAUUGGGUUUGGGCAGUAUAAUUGGGGCGCUCAUGUAUAAUACAUUGGCAGUGGCAGGAAUAGCAGGCCUGGCUAUCAAAAAGCCUAUCCAACUUGACUGGUGGCCUGUUUGCAGAGACUCGAUAAUCUAUUUGCUUCAUACAUGCAUCCUGUUGAUCAUUGCUUGGGGUGGAAUAGUCACUUUUGUAGAAGCAUGUAUACUUGUAUUAUUCUGCAUUUUAUACUACGUUAUUGUCAUUCUCAUGAAUUAUAAAAUGAAGAACAAAUUGAGAACAUUCGUGGAGGAUCGGAUGAACUGUUGCGUGCCCACGAGAUACGAUUUCACACUUCCCGGUGAAAGCAGUGCAAAGGGAAAACUACCUUUCCACAAAAAACAUAACGAUCGUCGACAGUCUGGAAUAUACGUAAUCACACCAACAGAAUUUACACCAUCACCUCCUCUUAACUCUUUCGAAGGUUGGCCUAGAAGCGGAUCCAUUUUGGAUGAGGCUAGUUCUAGCCCAUUUAAACUACCCAGAGGAGGCGUUCUUUCAAUAGUUUGGUGGUGCUACUCUUGGCCUAUUCGAUUUAUUUUGGCUUGUGUUUGUCCUAAUCCGAGAACCAAUCGCCGUUUUUACGUAGUUACAUUUUUCGUUUGUAUAGCAUUUCUUGGCCUGAAUGCUUACUUUAUUGUGUGGAUGUUGACGAUUUUUGGUUUAACUGUGGGGAUUCCAACUGUGGUUUUGGGUCUCACCAUAUUGGCCGCGGGUGCUGGUAGUCCAGAAGCAUUCUCUUGUGCUAUUUCGAUACGAAACGGUGAAAGCGGUAUCGGUAUAUCAAAUGCUCUAGGGGCGAACACCCUACAAAUCGUCUUCUCCCUUGGGGUGCCAUGGUUCAUCAAGAGCAUAAUGAAUAUGGAGAAGGGGAUAAAUGAGAUUUAUAUUAGCUCAGACAACAUCGAAUACAUCAUUGGUAUUCUCUUACUCUCAACAGUAACACUUUUUGCAAUUCUCGCCAUUUUUGGAUUCCGUCUACGAAGGAUGACUGGAGUUGCCCUCUUAACUGCAUAUCUUGUGUACAUUACGCUACAAGUCUUGAUCGAAAUGGAUGUGUUCUCCACCCCAACGAAUGGAUGCUGAGGAUGUAAGAUGAUUUAGUGGCAGUUUCAGGAAAUUUAUACUCAAUGAUUGCAUUUAGUAACGACUAGCUGUAUUGACUAUUUAUUUUGGUAAUGUUUUAUUCAAGAACUAAUUUCAUAUGUUCUCUUUGAUCUUUUAUGAUUGAGAAUUUGUUGACUUGAAUUUGCUAUUUUUGCUUUUAACUUGUUUUAAGUGCCGUGACUUCGCAUGGAGUGCAGUAAUAAAGUAAUUUCAAUAAU